AUGUUUACGAAAGAAAAACAGAAGGCUCCAAAAAACACAUCCAAACAAAAUCCUGAUCGAAAUUUGGAAUAUCCAAAGAAGAUGCAGAAGAGUAUUACCAUCGUUCCUCUGAAUAAGUUCUCUGAAGAGCAUAUGGAAAUCAAAUGUACAAGGGCAAAGAAAAUAGUAUCAAGUAUAUUGUUUCAAUUACCUGAGAUAGACAGCUUCCUUAAUGAGUAG